UGGGUUGGAACUUGGAACUGCAUGAAAAUGGCUGCAAGCGAAUCUGAGGCAACUCAAGCUUUCCCAAACCCUCCCUCUAUAUUGUACAAGCUCUACACAGACGAGGCAGUAGAAUCUGGAUCUGCUCCCAAACCUCCUCCUCCUGUGCAAGGACAUUAUCAAAUGUUUGGAGCUCCAUUUAAUACUGGAGAUGCUAUGAUUCGUUCACUGGAGGAGCAGAAUGUACAGCGUCUUUAUCCACAGCAGUAUGACAAAAAGGUUGAAUUGAAAAAGUUGAAUCGUUCGAUAUUAAUCUGUUUCUUGGAACUUUUGGAUAUUCUCAUUGAUAACCCAUCUUCUCCUGAGCGUAAUGAUAAGAUCAAAGAUCUCAGCAUCCUGUUCAUUAACAUGCAUCACUUGAUAAACGAGUACAGACCACAUCAAGCUCGAGAGACACUUCGUGUGGUUCUAGAGAGACAAAAGAGACAAAGAGAUGAAAUGAUACAACAGAUAACCAGAGCAAUGGAAAAAGCACAGACUAUUUUGAAAACGUGUGACGGUAGCUUAAAGCAGCUCAUAACAACUCUUCCAGCAGCAGAGGAUGAGCAGGAGGAAAUGGAAACUUCACAAGCAAAUGAAAAAACUGAUCAAAAUCCAGUGACACUUGAUUCAUUUGUUGAUUCACAGGACAGAGAUUUGAUUAAAUAUGUAGAUACUUUCAAAUAAACAUUAAUUAUCAUUAACUUCUCAACUCUCAUUUCUUGUUAUAAUAUGAAUUAGAUUAUGUGAAAAAGUAA